AUGGACCGGUUGACAUUAUCCGGCAUUCUAGUAUUUGACAUCUUGCAGCCAGGGCGCGAUGAGCGCACUUACAACAACCCUUUGAUGGAUUGUGCAAGCAUGGGUGAAUCAAAGACCAUUCACAUUACCUUUGAAGACCUAGAUGUCCUGUCCGCCCAUGACCGGUUGAGAGAUGGGAAUAGAUUGAAGGCGGUGAAGCUGCUAUUCGACCCUAAAGGGUUUCUGGACCAGGCUCAAGGCUCAGAGAAGAGGAAAUAUCAUGAAAACUUGCUGAAUACUCAGACUCAUACUGCGGUCCGCUUCCAAACCGAGGGUGACCACCGGUCAUUGGACUUGGGUUUUCCUUCGUCAGAUGACGACCGGAUAACCGACACUCGCAACCACCCACAGCCGGACAUCUUGGAUAUGCAAUUCCCCACCAUGUCUGACGAUGAACAGUCACAUGAUGAGAUGCUGGAAUUGGGAUUUCCACCAGAGUCGGACGUCGAAGAUGUGCUAGAUUUGGGGUUCGAUAUUGACGUCAGUGAUUCAGCCGGAAACACAGGUGGGGCUCUGGAGAUGGGGUUCGACAUCGACAUUAGUGAUCCGGCUGGACACACAGAUGGGGUGCUGGAGAUGGGCUUCGACACCAAUGAUAUCACGCCGGAUGACAACCCUCUGGAGAUGGGUUUUGAUGUGGAUCCGGCACAAUUUGACCCGGAUCGAUCUUUUGCUGUCAUUCGACCGGAUCCCAUUGGAUUUGUAAUCCAGCGGGCUGUAGGCGAUUUGCGGAUUGCAAUGCACCGGUUGGACAUGGACCGGGCGAGCAAUGCAAUGUCGCCGGACGAGGCCAUUGCAAGACAGCAAGUUCUUGACAGCACACAAGAGUUGUUGCUGGCAUGUCAACUGAUAUCCAUAUCUCGACUUGCAACAUGA